GUGGUAACGUGAUAAACCAAAAGAGACCAUGCUUGAUUGAUAAACAAUUUGAUAAGAUAAUCAUGGGAUAUUUUGAAUUAAAAAGAAACAUUCAAUUUUAUAAAUUUUAGUAAAAAUGAGCAGUCAAAAGGGAAAUGCAACACGAAAUCGUCCACAAAAACAUCAAAAUCGUUUUGCAUUCAAAAAUAAUUUACAUGAUACUAAUAUUCGGACAAAACGUUUGAAUUCUAUUCAAAUCACAAAUGUCUGCCCACGUUGCAAAGAUAUUUUGGAAUGGAAAAUUAAAUACAAAAAGUAUAAAAUGUUAAAAGCUCCGAAAAAUUGUAAUAAAUGCCACAAUAAAUGUGUAAAAGAGCCUUAUCAUACAUCUUGCUAUCAUUGUUCAAGUAGUCUUGGUAUUUGUCCUAAAUGUGCAAUUCCUAGAAGUGAAUGGGCUGCAAAAUGUCAAAGUGGAAUGAAUGAAAAUGAAAAUCAUCCUAAAGAAUCUGAUUCAUGCAGUGAUGAUGAUUCUUCUAUUGAUUAAGUAAUAAGUUAUCAAAUAAACCUAAUUAUUGUUAUUAAAUAAAAACAUUUUAUGGUACUAA